AUGGCGGAGGAGGAAGACGAAGCUGGUUUUGACGAUGAUAUGGAUGACGGGGCGGGUGGAGCCGAUGGGAACCACGGCAAAAGGAAAAGGCUGUUUUCCAAAGAACUUCGGUGUAUGAUGUAUGGGUUUGGAGAUGACCAGAAUCCCUACACUGAGUCAGUGGACAUCCUGGAGGACCUUGUGAUCGAGUUCGUCACGGAGAUGACACACAAAGCCAUGUCCAUCGGACGCCAGGGCCGUGUCCAGGUGGAGGACAUUGUUUUCCUUAUCCGGAAAGAUCCAAGGAAGUUUGCCAGAGUGAAAGACCUCUUGACGAUGAACGAGGAGCUGAAAAGAGCGCGCAAGGCCUUUGAUGAAGCGAACUAUGGCUCUUAG